GAAACACCGCCUGCUAAAAAUACCCGGCUGGAGGCCCAUAAAAGCGCUGCGGGGUCCGGCGCCAGACACUUCUCCACUUCCCCGAGCUUCAGCUAGACGCAUCCCGCCGAGCCACCAUGGCCGAGCGCCGCGUGCCCUUCUCGCUCCUGCGGAGCCCCAGCUGGGACCCCUUCCGAGACUGGUACCCGGCCCACAGCCGCCUCUUCGAGCAGGCCUUCGGGCUGCCCCGGCUGCCAGAGGAGUGGUCGCAGUGGCUGAGCCACAGCGGCUGGCCGGGCUACGUGCGCCCGCUGCACCCCGCGAUCGAGGGCCCCGCCUAUAGCCGCGCGCUCAGCCGGCAGCUCAGCAGCGGCGUCUCGGAGAUCCAGCAGACGGCCGACCGCUGGCGCGUGUCCCUGGACGUCAACCACUUCGCCCCCGAGGAGCUGACGGUCAAGACCAAGGACGGCGUGGUGGAGAUCACUGGCAAGCACGAAGAGCGACAGGAUGAGCACGGCUUCAUUUCCCGGUGCUUCACUCGGAAAUACACGCUGCCCCCCGGUGUGGACCCCACCCUGGUCUCCUCCUCCCUGUCCCCUGAGGGCACGCUCACCGUGGAGGCCCCGUUGCCCAAGCCAGCCACCCAGUCGGCGGAGAUCACCAUCCCUGUCACCUUCGAAGCCCGUGCCCAGCUUGGGGGCCCAGAAGCUGGCAAGUCUGAACAGCCUGGAGCCAAGUAAAGGCCUUAGCCCAGCUGUCUACUCCACAGUAGCCGUCCUUGACCAUCCCCACUCUCCAAGCCUCUGUGUUCUUUUGAUACGUUUACCUUCUGUUUUUCUCAAAUAAAGUUCUAAGUUCCUGCCGGC